AUGACCCACAGCACACUGCAAAAGACACCCAAGAGCUUCUCAAGUGAAGAAGCGCCUCCUCCACCUGUUGUCUACUCCCGCUACACAGACGACACCAUCCGAUUUUUAGCCAAGAAGUUAAAAGAACGCACAGAGAUACUCAAAGAGAAGGCCAUAGACCCUUACGCCACAUCUCCAGAAGUCACACCACCUGUCACACCUAUUCUGAGAAAGGAUGACUACAUCCGACUGAAGGAAGAGGAGCGCAUAGCCAAGGAAGAAGCAGAAAAGAAGAAGGCGGAGGAAGCGGCCAAAAAGGCAGAAGAGAAGAAGAAAAAAGAUGAGGAGAAAAGGUUGGAGGCCGAGAAGAAAGCCGAGGAGGAGAGACUGGCAGAGGAGGCCAAGAAGAAAGAAAGGAUCCUCCCACAAAUCAGCUGCUCCUGCUUUGACGUCCUCUUCCAUCCAGUGGAGGAAAAAAUGGAUGUCAUCUUGGGGACCACCAUUGAUCCUUUCACAGAUCGUCGGUACAUUUCCUGGUUGAGCUUCGUGGCAUUGGCGUACAAUUACAACGUCUGGUUUUGCUCCGCUAGGCUGGCUUUCCCUUACCACAGUGAAACUGCCAACCGCUACUGGAUAUUCCUCGACAUUCUUAGCGACAUUGUAAAUAUAAUAGACAUCAUUGUUUGGCAGCCUCGCCUUCAGUUUGUCAAAGCUGGAGACAUCAUUACUGAUAUAAUCAGCAUCCUCCCCUUCGACCUGCUCUGCCUGUACUUUGAAUUCUCCUCGUUUUACCGACUGAACCGCUUCAUCAGGAUUGGUUCCUUCUUUGAGUUCAGUGAUCGACUUGAGAGUGUCAUGGCCAAAGCUUACAUCUGGAGAGUUGCCCGCACCACAGGCUACCUGCUCUUCAUGCUUCACCUCAACGCCUGUGCUUACUACGUCGCCUCAGUGCACCAGGGUCUUGCCACAACUACAUGGGUGUAUGACGGGAAUGGCACAGCGUACCUGCGUUGCUACUACUUUGCAGUUCGCAGUCUGAUCAACAUCGGGGGUUUACCGGAACCUGUAACCACCUUUGAGAUUUCCUUUCAGAUGGCUAACUUCUUUAUUGGUGUCUUUGUGUUCUCGAGUUUGAUCGGACAGAUGAGAGAUGUCAUAGGGGCAGCUACAGCAGCUCAGACAUACUUCCGGGCGUCAAUGGACGGAUGUGUUUCCUACAUGAACACCUAUACGAUCCCCAAGCUAGUCCAGAACAGAGUCCGCACCUGGUACAACUACACCUGGGCAGCUCAGGGAAUGCUGGAUGAGUCCGAGCUCCUGGACAAGAUGCCUCUGGUGAUGAGAAUUGCCAUUGCUGUGGACAUCAACCUUGCCACAUUCCAGAAGAUUGCAUUGUUCCAGGGCUGUGACCAGCAGAUGUUAGUGGACAUGUUACUGAGGCUCAAGUCAAUCAUUUAUCUACCCGGAGACUUUGUUGUGAAGAAGGGUGACAUCGGUAAAGAGAUGUACAUCAUCAAAAGUGGAGCGGUGCAGGUGGUGGGAGGACCCGACAACAGCAUUGUGUUUGUGACGCUGAAGGCCGGCUCCGUGUUUGGGGAAAUCAGUUUACUGCAGUCUGCUAAAGAUGGAGGAAACAGGCGCACAGCCAAUGUAAAAGCUCACGGCUUCGCUAACCUUUUUGUGCUGGAGAAGAAAGACCUGUUUGAUAUCCUCGUCCACUACCCGGAGUCUGAGAAGGUGCUGGCCAGGAAGGGCAGGAAACUAGUCAAAGCCAAAGGAGCUGUACCUGCUAAAGGUAAUGAGGAGAAGCAGAAAGGACUGGCUCUGUUUGCACCAAAGCCACCAACGCCCAAGCUACUCAGAGCUUUUGCAAAUAUAAAAAAACUCAAGAAAAUGGAAGAGACGAAAUAG